AUGAGCAUCGUUAACAACACGAUCAACCUCGAUAUGAUCACCAAAAAGACUUUUGAUCGUGGCUAUAAUGUGCACGUCGACUUUGCGAUCAGAUUGAGCAGAACGAAACAAUAUCAACGCGUCUUUGCCCACACAAUGGACACUUGUGGGGUUGUUUCGACGAUAAAAAGAAACAUAUUCAAGGCCUGGUUCCAGAGUAUGUGGGAUCGUAGCAACUUCGUGCACAGCUGCCCAGUAACCAAGGGCCAUUAUUUUCUGCACAAUUGGAAGGUGGAUCCACAACUGGUGCCUCAGUAUUUGUCUGCGGGCGAUUAUCGUAUCACUUGUCACUUUUUCUAUGGAAAACUCAAAUCGAAGCAGGAGGAAUUCGAACGUCAUGUCGAGUUUCUUGCCACCAACUAUACUUUCAAUACGAAAUAUUUCAAGAACUUUACUGUUUCAAUUGCGAAUAAAACCCUUAACAUGGAUAUGGAAUUGGCCAGACCUAUUCAGCGAGGCUUCAAAGCCCACGUCGACUACCAACUGCGAGUGGCCAAUGCCAAGAACUUUCAAACUAUUUUUAGCCAUCAUUUCGAUGUAUGUGCCAUAGUGAGUAAUGUCAAGGAUGGACUGCUUAAGAGCUGGUUCAAGAGCAUGCUAGAGUACAGCAACUUCAUGCACAACUGCCCGGUGGAGGUGGGCUACUACUAUCUACACAAUUGGAAAUUGGGCUCCACGAUGACGCACCAGUUUUUAUAUCCUGGCGAGUACCGUGGCCAGCUCUAUUUGUUCUAUGGGAAGUACAAAACCAAAACAGAAGAUCGAGUGAUCACCCUCAUAAUUGAUUCUAUACUGUACAACUGA